UCGUCAUUCUUGAAUGUAAUUAGAGUAAAAUUCAGGGGUGUAAUAAUAUUUUUAGAAAAAAAAUUCGGAAAUUGUAUUUUUUAAUUUUCUUACGCUGGAGUUUUAAACGCGUUUUAUACUAGUACUAUAAGUACUGCUACUAAAUAUAGUUCUCUCUUCGUUAAAAUAAAAAAAAUAAAAAUAAAAAAGGAGACACACAACGGCUAGUAAAACGGUAACAUUAAUGCAACGGUCUAAAAAUUCAAACAUUGCAUCCCAUUCUAUAACCUUUCCUUCACUCCUCUCUCUCUCCCAAGCUUCGUACUCUCCUCCUUCUCUACAUUUUUUGCAUCUUGGCGUAAGGAGUACAGAUUUCAUUCCACAUAUCUUCUCAUCUCUCUGAAAUCGAAAAAAAAGAAGAAGUAAUCAAAGAAAGAUGUUGCAGGACAUGUGGAACGGUCCGCCUGGUUUCAGACCCACUAAAUCUGCCCCUUCUUCCCCAGCCAAGCCUCUUGGGGUCUCCAGAACUCGCUCUGAGACUUUCUCCAGAACUCACUCCGAUACUUUUCAUAUCACCCACAAAGUCCCAGUUGGUGACACGCCCUAUGUUAGAGCCAAAAAUGUUCAGUUGGUAGAGAAGGAUCCGGAGAAGGCGAUACCGCUGUUCUGGGCAGCGAUUAAUGCUGGAGACAGAGUGGAUAGUGCUCUCAAAGACAUGGCCAUUGUAAUGAAGCAGCAAAAUCGGGCCGAAGAAGCCAUUGAAGCCAUCAAAUCUCUGAGAAGUCGGUGUUCAGAUCAAGCCCAAGAGUCUCUUGACAACAUACUAUUGGAUCUUUACAAGAGAUGUGGGAGAUUGGAUGACCAAAUAGCUUUAUUGAGGCACAAGUUGUUUUUGAUUCAACAAGGCAUGGCUUUCAAUGGGAAGCGGACUAAGACAGCCCGAUCCCAAGGGAAGAAAUUUCAAGUUUCUGUUGAACAAGAAGCCACUCGAUUACUGGGGAACUUGGGAUGGGCAUUGAUGCAGCAGAACAAUUACAUUGAAGCCGAAGAUGCGUACCGGAGGGCGUUACUAAUUGCGCCAGAUAAUAACAAGAUGUGCAAUCUGGGCAUCUGUUUGAUGAAACAAGGGAGAAUUACAGAGGCCAAAGAGACACUCCGGCGAGUGAAACCAGCCGUCGUGGAUGGUCCGAGGGGUGUGGAUUCCCAUCUCAAGGCCUUUGAGAGAGCACAACAAAUGCUUCAAGACCUCGAGUCUGAAAUGAUGAAUAAAGGCGGAGACAGGGUCGAGCAGCGCAAGCUUUUCGACGCCUUCCUUGGUUCCUCCUCAAUUUGGCAGCCUCAACCUUGCAAGGAACAAACAGUAUUGCCAACAACUGAUUCAUCUAAACCCCAAGAUGAGUUUGCUGAUGAGAAUAUCAAUUCAAACAUAAUGGCAAAAUCAACAGUUGUUAACGGUCAAAAAAGUGCCAAACCAUCUGUUCCUCCUUAUUGGAAUUCGCUCAAUAUCGACGCACCGCCAUUUUAUUCAUCCACAUUGCAUGAGAGGUUGAAGAGAACCAGGUCUGGAAAUGCUGCUAACACAAUGAGGCCUAAUGAAAUGGAGGAGGGGGAGUUGAGGAAGCCUUUUAUGGAACCCGAAAACAAGGCGAGGCGGCGAUCAAUGUCGCCCAAGAAAAGAGGGGAUAAGUUGACAGAGUUGCUGCCAGACAGCAAGGACUUUGAGGAGGCCAUUAUAGCUGCAGUUUUGGGGUCAAGCAAUGAAACUAAGGAGAAGGAGGUGGAAAGUAGCAACAACAACUAUUCAGGAAUGUUUCAGCAGAGAAAGAUUGACAAGAGAUUGAAGGUUUUUCAAGACAUAACACUGUCAUUGAGUCCAAGGGCAUGAUUCUAAUCUUAGAUAGUCUUAGCUAACUAAUUAUUAAAAAUUCUAAGUUAUUGUAGUUUUAGGGUGGAGAUGAACUUGUUCUCCUCAAACCCUAUUCCUUGAGUUAUGUGGUAAUGGAUGGGUACUAGUUCUGGUGGGGUAGCAGUAUUAGCAUUGGGGGUUGGUGGUGGUGUUUGUCCACUCAACCUGAGCAUAUUCUUAUUUGGUUAUCUAUAUUUAUUAUUAUGUUCGCUACUCAUAUAUGGCAUAGAUGUAAUAAUCAUUUGAUUUGCCAUUUCUGAAUAAUAUAUCUCCUUUCUUGAA